GGACGCGAAGAAACACGAGCCCGUUGUCGUCAACUUUCGCCCCUUUUAUGACGAGCCUGUGAUUCGAAAACGUACAUUCUCAUCUUCUUCUUCUUGCCGUGCUACCGGCAUACUAGUACUACACUACUACCACCUCGUAUACAAAGCAGCAGCAGACAGCGGUGGUAGGCUCCUAGCUCGCCUCUGAUCCGUAUAUGACCAUGCGAGACUUCUCCUGCUUCCGCGACGGCGCCGUCAGCCUGGCCUCCGGCGCCGGCGUAGGUGGCGCAGGCGGAGCCCUCCUCGACCGCUCCCUCCAGGCCGCCACCGCCUGCGUCUACAAGGCCGCGCUGUCCUCGGGCAAGGAGCUCGUUAUCAAGGUCACGUGGACCCGGUCCACGGCCGCGGACCCCGCCGACGCCGGAGCCACGGGCCUCUCCGUGGCCGUCGAGGACGCCACCCUCGUCCCCCCGAACCCUAAGAAGCUCCUCCCGUCCGCUGCUGCGACGCCGCGCCGGUCGCUGCUCGUGACGGCGCCGCAGGCGCAGCCGCAGCAGCAGCAGGCGGUCGUCCUCCUGCAGAAGAAGCGCGGGAGCCGGUCCUUCGUCACCGACGCCGGCACCGCCGUGGCCGUCCACUGGGACACCUCCGACGCCAAGCACCGCCACCCGUCGUCGCCCGAGCCCUGCCGGGACUACUACCUCGCCGUGGUCUCGAACGGCGAGCUCGCGCUCCUCCUCGGCGGCGGCGAGCCGGCGCGGGAUCUGGCCCGCCGCUUCCCCGCACCCCGCCGCCGCGCGCUCCUGGUGAGCCGGCGCGAGCAGGUGCGCGCCCCCCCGCCGCCGCCGUCCGCCGCGACGGCGCACAGCUACAGCACGCGGUGCCGGUUCCGGGAGGACGGGGCAGAGCACGAGGUGACGGUGGCGUGCUCCCGCGGGGCGGAGGAGGGCGGGGGGGAGUUGGCGGUGAGCGUGGACGGGAAGAAGGUGGUGGAGGCUCGGCGGGUGCGGUGGAACUUCCGCGGGAACCGGACGGCCGUGCUGGGCGACGGCGCCGUGGUGGAGGUCAUGUGGGACGUGCACGACUGGUGGUUCCCCGGCGCCGCCGGCGUCCAUGGCGGCGCGGGGGCGCAGUUCAUGGUGAAGGUGCGCGGGGCGGCGGACGGCGUGUGGAUGGACGAGGAGAUGGCCAGCAAGGGCCUCCCGCCCGCCGGCUUCUUCCUCCACCUGCAGUGCUACCGCCGCUGAUUUGAUUAAUUCCGUUUCCGCCGGAGACGGAGACGAAAGGUCGAUCGAGAGAUUCUCUUCAGUUCGAGAGUUGUUGUAAUUUUUGUCGCCAUCCAUUCUCUUGCAAUAUAUCCCUCUCUUGACGUUGAUAGUUCAUCGUCAUCUUCUUCUUCCUCCCCCGCUGAACAGAUCGAGAUU